UUCAUGGUCUCAUUGACUCUCUGUAAUCCAAUUCAUACUAUUCAUGUCUCUGCAUUUAACAAUCUCCUCUCUCUGUGUGAAUGGAGGAGUAGUUCGGUGGCCUUUAAUACCAGCUGGUUCUGAUUAGCUGACACAGUAGCCAUAGCUCUCUUAUCUCUUGAAAAUGAAACCACCCAUUCCAAGGCCUCGUUAAAAGCUCCGCACUUGCCAAAAUUUCCCAGCCCAGCCUCACUUUUAAUUCACUAGGAUCAUGCACUGGCUCUUUCCACGCGUCUUCUCGCCGCCCAAGAAGCAGCAACAAAGCAAAAAUCGCCUUCAAAUACCAGAGCUGAUCAUCCUUGUUCCUUUACAUGCAAAAACAUCGCCAGAAGAAGAAGACAAGAAAGGGUCCUAAUCAUGGGCUUUGAGCUUCUUUCCCUCUUUCUUGAUGUUUUUUCUUCUUGUUCCAGGUGAAGGAAUGGCCAUGGCGAAGCCUGUUUUAUCAGUUCUUGUAGCUUUCUUGAUUGGACUUUCAUGGCGGUUUGUCCUGUGCUUGGACAUGGACUCAUCGUCAGAUUUCAAACUCCUGUUGGAAGUGAAAGAGUCCUUUGUGGAGGACCCACUGAAUGUGUUGAAAGACUGGACUUCGGAUAACCCAAGUUUCUGUUCGUGGAAAGGUGUUUCCUGCGGCGGCGGCGACCGGGUGGUGGCGCUCAACCUCUCCGGUUCCGCCCUCGGUGGAGCAAUCUCGCCGGCGAUCGGCCGGCUGAGCCACCUGCUCCACCUUGACCUUUCCUCUAAUCAACUAUCCGGCCCCAUCCCACCUACUCUCUCUAAGCUCUCUUCUUUGUUGUCCUUGCUUCUCUUUUCCAACCAACUCUCCGCCCACAUUCCGGACGAGCUCGGCUCUCUUGCCAGCCUCCAAGUCCUCCGCAUUGGUGACAAUGACCUCACCGGGCCAGUUCCGGCGUCCUUCGGCGGCCUCGUCAAUCUGGUCACUCUUGGUUUGGCCUCCUGCAAUCUCAACGGCCCAAUACCGGCCGAGCUCGGCCGGCUCCGCCAACUUGAGAACUUGGUUUUGCAGCAAAACCAACUCUGCGGUGCCAUUCCUUCCGACCUCGGCAACUGUUCAAGCCUUGUUGUGUUCACUGUUUCAGCCAACAAUCUAAACGGCUCCAUACCGGCGGCUCUGGGGCGGCUCAGGAAUCUCCAGCUCCUGAAUCUCGCCAACAACUCUCUCUCCGGCGAGAUUCCAGCCGAGCUUGGUGAACUGAGUCAACUCGUUUAUCUGAAUUUUGUGGGGAAUUUUCUGGAAGGUCCAGUUCGAAAGUCAUUGGCAAAGUUGGGUAAUCUUCAGAAUCUUGAUCUGUCAUCAAACAAGCUGACUGGUGAAAUUCCGGAGGAGUUGGGCAACAUGGGUCAGCUUGUUUACCUUGUUUUAUCAAGCAACAAUCUUUCUGGCGCCAUACCAAGAAAGUUAUGUUCAAACGCAACCAGUUUGCAGCACUUGGUUUUAUCCGAGAAUCAACUUUCCGGGAAAAUUCCGGUAGAAUUGAGAGACUGCAGCUCACUUUUACAGCUCGACUUGUCCAACAACACAUUCAAUGGAUCAAUACCAGUGGAGCUCUAUCAGCUAGUUGAAUUGACUGAUCUUCUUCUCCAUAACAAUACCUUGGCUGGUCCGAUCUCUCCCUUUAUAGGAAACCUCAGCAAUCUGAGAACACUGGCGCUGUACCAUAACAACUUGAGAGGAGAGUUGCCAAGAGAAAUUGGAAUGCUUGGGAAGCUUGAGAUUUUGUAUCUCUAUGAAAACCAAUUAUCAGGAGAGAUCCCAGUGGAGAUUGGGAACUGCUCGAGCUUGCAGAUGAUAGAUUUCUAUGGCAAUCAUUUCGCAGGAGGAAUUCCAAUCACCAUUGGGAGACUAAAGGAACUGAAUUUUCUUCAUCUGAGACAGAAUGAUCUCUCCGGGGAAGUACCGGCGACAUUGGGCAACUGCCAGCGGCUAACUGUAUUGGACUUGGCGGAUAAUCAUCUCUCUGGAGGGAUCCCGGCAACAUUUGGUAACCUCCAGGCUCUGGAACAGCUUAUGCUUUAUAACAAUUCUUUGGAAGGUAAUCUCCCUGUUGAACUUGCCAAAGUUGCUAACCUGACAAGAAUAAAUCUCUCCAACAAUAGAUUGAAUGGCAGCAUAGUUCCACUGUGUAGAUCUCGUUCUUUUCUUUCAUUUGAUGUCACAAAUAAUGCUUUUGAUCAUGGAAUUCCUCCCCAGCUGGGCUAUUCACAUUCCCUCGAGAGGUUAAGGUUAGGAAGCAACAACUUUUCCGGGAAAAUACCAUGGACCCUGGGAGAAAUUCAGGCACUAUCUCUGUUAGAUUUAUCGCACAAUUCACUUGCUGGACCAAUACCUAGUGCGCUUUCUUUGUGCAAGAAACUGACCCACCUUGAUCUGAACAACAAUUUUCUUUCCGGGCCGGUGCCACCGUGGUUGGGAGGUUUGCCUCAGUUGGGUGAGCUGAAGCUCUCCUACAAUCAAUUUGCCGGUCCUCUUCCCCCUGAAUUAUUCAAUUGCACCAAUCUUCUGGUGCUUUCUCUUGAUGGGAAUUCGCUGAAUGGAGCUCUGCCUCCUGAAAUUGGUAAACUUGCAUCCCUCAAUGUGCUCAAUCUCAACCAGAACAAGUUCUCUGGAACCAUUCCUCCAGCAAUAGGCAGGUUAAGCAAGCUUUAUGAACUUCAACUCUCGAGGAACUGUUUUAGCAGUGUAAUACCGGUUGAGCUUGGGCAGCUCCAGAAUCUUCAGAGCAUUCUGGAUCUCAGUUACAACAAUCUUACCGGCCAAAUCCCCCCUCCUCUUGCAACUCUGUCGAAACUGGAAGCACUUGAUCUAUCUCACAAUCAGCUAGAGGGGGAAGUGCCUCCAGCAGUCAGUGAUAUGAGCAGCCUGAGCAACCUCAACCUCUCCUACAACAAUCUCCAUGGAAAACUGGAUAAGAAAUUCUCAGACUGGCCAGCUGAGGCAUUUGCAGGAAACGUAGAGCUCUGUGGAGGCCCUCUUGAUCGCUGCAAAAACACCAAGUAUGGCAUCCAACAGUCCAACCUCAGCGAAUCAUCUGUCAUCGUAAUUUCAGCUGUUUCAACCAUAACUGCAAUUAUUCUAUUGAUAGUUGCAGUUGCACUGUUCUUUAAAAACAAGCGAGAAUCCUAUAGGAAGGCCAAUGAAACGAGCUCUGCUUACUCAUCCAGUUCGUCCCAACCUCAGAAAAGGUUACUCUUUCGAAAUGGUUCUCUCAAGAGAGACAUCAAAUGGGAAGACAUUAUGGAGGCAACGAACAACCUAAGUGAUGACUUCAUAAUUGGGUCGGGUGGAUCUGGAACUGUAUACAAAGCUGAGUUUCUAAACGGAAGAACAGUUGCAGUGAAGAAGAUACCAAGGAAAGACGAUCUGCUACUGGACAAAAGCUUUGCAAGAGAAGUCAAGACGCUAGGGAGGAUAAGGCACCGACAUCUGAUGAAGCUACUGGGAUACUGCAGCAACAGAGGUGGAGCUUCGAAUCUGCUGAUAUAUGAUUACAUGGAGAAUGGCAGUGUGUGGGAUUGGCUCCACCGGCAGCCAGUGGAUGCCAAAAAGAGGAAGACCCUCGACUGGGAAGCAAGACUAAGAAUAGCAAUGGGGCUUGUGCAGGGAGUGGAGUAUCUCCACCAUGAUUGUGUGCCCAAGAUCAUUCACAGGGACAUUAAAUCGAGCAACAUCUUGCUGGACGCCAAUAUGGAGGCCCAUUUGGGGGAUUUUGGAUUAGCAAAAGAACUCACCGACAAUUUUGAUUCCGUAAAUACCGAAUCAAACUCAUUGUUUGCAGGGUCUUAUGGUUAUAUUGCUCCCGAGUAUGCCUAUUCUCUGAAGGCAACAGAGAAGAGUGAUGUCUACAGCAUGGGGAUUGUGUUGAUGGAGAUGGUGAGUGGAAGAAUGCCGACAGAUGGGAGCUUUGGUGUGGACAUGGACAUGGUAAGAUGGGUGGAGACACAUAUCGAAAUGCAGGGACUGGGCCGCGAAGAGCUGAUAGAUCCCGUCUUGAUGCCGAUGUUGCCCAACGAAGAGUCUGCUGCUUUCCAGGUCCUUGAAGCAGCUCUGCAGUGCACGAAAACUGCUCCGGCAGAGAGGCCGACUUCCCGGCAAGUCUGCAAUCUCCUCCUGCAUAUAUUCAAUGAUAGGAUGUCGUACCCAGAGAAGACACCAGAUCCAUUUGUGUAAGUUGAAGAAGAUUGUGCAUGUAAUGUGAACAAGAGAAAGACAGCAGAAGCAAUCCACCUAUUUACUAUGAGCUUUUGGGCGUGCCUUAACAUUCUUGCUACUCCAGCACUUGAACAUAGUAUUAUUACCCCCAUCAAAAUUAGGGGUGGACAUGGUGUGGUAUCAGCAGUUUAGGGACAUUUAAUACGCUAAAUUAUAUGUAUGGUUUCGCAUUAAACCAGAUCAUGCGGUCUGAUUUGGUGUGCAGAAAUCACACCAGACCACAGUGCAAAAUUCAUGCGAUCUAAUUUGGUGCGUAGAAACUGCACCCCAUUUUGUGGUGCAAUCUGGUGCGAUUUCUGUGGUAUGAUGUUUCCUUUACUGUCUUGUAAAAUUUUAAUUAAAAUA